AUGCGCUUUCUGUCUCCGUGGUCUCUCAUCGGUCUCCUGUACACCAUCCUUCCUCCGUUUGCGUCUCAGGGCCGCAAGGGGCCACAGCAGAUCGUUUCGGUCGUCCGCGUUGCUGCACCGCUUGUCGCCUACUUCGUCAUCUUCUCCCUGACCCUCUGGCUAUCGCGCCGCGUCGGCUUCACCUACUCACUCUCGGUGACACAGAGCCUCACAGCCGCUAGUAACAAUUUUGAGCUAGCGAUUGCCGUUGCGAUCGCGGCCUUUGGGCCGGAUAGCCCGUGGGACCCUCGACCGAGGUCCGGGUCCAGAUCUCGCUUGUGUAGCUGGUUCCUUCGUGGCUUCUUCCCCUUUGCCGCGGCGACGCAGUACGCGGACAAGUCCCAAAUCAAGACUGUAACCACAGAUGUACUGCUGGUUGGCGGCGGAUCUUCCGGAACCUAUGCAGCCAUCCAACUACAUGAUGCGAACAAGACUGUGGCCGUUGUUGAACGUACCGGUAAACUGGGCGGUCAUGCAGACUCGUACUAUGGCCCGAACGGCAAUGUGUACAAUGUCGGUGUACAAAUCUUUUACGACAUCCCGGUCGUUAUUGAUUACUUCGCCCGCCACGGCGUACCCCUUUUUACAGCACCAACAAAUGCCACUUCAAGCACCGUCAACGCGGACUUCUCACUUGGAGUAGCAGCUCCCGCGUCCAACGUGAGCACCACAGAAAUCGGCAUUGCCAUCCAGAGAUACGCCCAGUAUCUUGCAGCCAAUUUCUCCACUGUCUACCCAGGCUACUACCUGCCAGAUCCGGUGCCAGAGGACCUCUACAUGCCCUGGGGUGACUUCAUGUCCAAAUACGGUCUCGGCGCCAUCGCGAAUCUCAUCAACACCUACAUCCAACCGGCGGAGGCAUGGAAAGAGCCCGCCCUGUUUCCACUCAAGCUGCUCAGUCUGGACCCCUUGCAAGGCAUCACGUCUGGAUUCAAGGUCACGCGCGAUGUCAACGACCUCUACCGUUCUGCCGCCUCGAUCCUCGGCGACAGCGUCCUGUACAACUCGAGCGUCACCACACUCUGUCGCUCAGAUUCCGGGGUCGAGGCCAUCGUGCAGACACCCUCAGGCAUCAAGCGCAUCGUGGCCAAAAAGCUCUUGGUAACGACGCCCCCAGUGUCUGAGAACUUCGGGGGCUGGGACUUGGGCGACGAAGAAACGGAGCUGUUCAACAAGUUUAUAAGCCAACAGUACUACGCCGGCGUGAUCCGCCACUCGGGCCUGCCACAGGCGACACUCCAGAACGUCGGCUUCACCACCCCGUUCAAUAUCCCUGUCCUUCCGGCCCUCUUCAACGUCGCCCCGACUGGAUUCCAAGACAACACAUCUGUGGUGUACUACACCGCCCACGAGCGCAUCGAGCCCGAGGCGGUCAAGGCUGACACCGUCGCCACUUUGGAGAGACUGGCUGCUGGUGGUGUCAUUGGCGAGUCGGAAACGGAGUUCCUGGAGUUGUUCGAUCACCCUCAUGUUCGGAUGUACGUGUCGGGUGAUGAUGUUCGUGACGGGUUUUACUCGAAGCUUUACGCACUCCAAGGCCAACGGAAUACGUACUGGACUGGCGCUGCGUGGGUGACUCAGGCUUCGUCGCCGAUUUGGGACUUCACAAAGAGUGUUGUUUCCGAUCUGCUGGCUGGUUUGUGA